AAUUUCGAUAUAAACCGUACCUUGUGGAGCACGCAUAUUUUUUUAAGGUAAGCAACAUCCAGUGCCAGUGAAAGUGCAGUGAAGAAUUCACACAAAGUGCUAAAAUGAAACUGGCAAUUAUUUCCCUUGCUAUUCUGGCCGCAGUUUCAGCCUACCCUCAAAAGGAAGGCGGCGCCUACACAAAUGAGGCCAUCCGACAAGCUCAGCAAACCUUCCUAAUACCCAAAGAUGCCCAAAUUCAGAAGGUACAAGAAGGAAUCGAGAUCGGUGCCUACGAAAGCAUACCCGGCGACCAGAAAAUCAACCUCUUUGAAAUUUUGGGCGACCAAUUUCCUCCAGAAGUGGUCAACAAUCUCCAGGGCCAGAUCGACCAAGUGGGCAAACACUAAGUGAUGAGUCGAGUUGUUUUUAUGUAAAUUAGAAAUUCACUGUGUCUUUGUUACCGUGUACUUUUUCCUUUCUGCGCUCCAAACUGUUUCCUAAACACUUCAUCCCUUAGCACCAACAUUCUGCCCUAUUUAUUGCACCCUUUUUCUCAGAUUAUGCCCUCUGGCUGCUCUCUGUGUCUUGUCUAAUUCCUACUGCCUUUGAUCUAGUCUUUUGUACUUGAAUUGAUUUAAAUUUGCCAUCGAUGUAGACUCUGGAAAUUCUUCCUAGAACGGUGCCAAGCUGCGAUCACUCUAAAACUGUAUUUUUGUAAAUAAAACGUUGAAAAAAUC